UUUACAAAGUCCCUUUUCUUAGAGGCUCAUAGCUGAAUGAGCUGUGAGAGCGGCAGCAGCGCGGAUAUCACUCUAGAGAGGAGACCAAUGUCGUUGUGUUGUUCGGCACCCGGUCCGGAAUGUCUUCCCGUUCUCUUCGCUUUCGUCAUGUCUACAGCGUUCAUACUAUCUUACGUUUUGGCGAUUGCCAGGAAAGACGUCAGCGCUGGGUUCCCGUAUAUAAGCGACACCGGUGCGACACCGCCUGAAAGCUGUGUCUUUACGUUUCUACUCAACGUCGGCGCGUUUAUUGCUUUCGUUAUGAUCUACGUUCGUUACAAGCAAGUGAAGGAAUACAACAAGCAGGAUUUAUCACGAAUACUAAGACUGAACACGUGGUCAGCAGUCGUCGGUGCUAUUGCCGUCGUUGGGUUGAUGUUGGUCGCAUCGUUUCAGGAUAUCAACGUGUUUGUUGUCCACGUUAUUGGUGCUGUAAUGACGUUUGUGUUUGGUGUUAUGUACGAGUGGAUGCAAGCAGCCAUGACCUACAAAAUGUUUCACAACAGAGGACAAAAGAGAGUGACAAUCAUCAGAAUUGUCAUUGCAACUCUAUCAACCGUCUUCUUAAUCACAUGUGGUAUAACUGGAGUAAUUGCUGUAAAUGAGUUGCACACCCACCAGAAGCACGUGACAGUUACUGACGUGGUCAAGUGGAACUCGUCAAUGCCUGGAUACGAGACACACAUCGUCAGCACCACCACAGAAUGGGCCGUCGCCAUUUGUCUCCUUGUCUACUUCCUCACCUUCUACAAUGCAUUCAAAAAGAUCUCACUCGAGGCCGUCGUUCGUCUCAGACUCAACAACUACACAAUGAUAGAGGACACAAGAGAGACACAAUACCUGGACCCUGAACGAUACAAAGGAGGCCUCUACUAGACAACAGUCUCUUUUCAUUACCUUUUCACAUUCCUCAUUAUCAAAUUUUUCUGGCGCAUGCGCAGUAACACAAGCUAUAGAUCAGUUGUAGUUACUUACUAGUUGAUAUUAAGUAUGGAAGUAACAAAAUAGUUAAUUAAUUGAUAUUGGGUUGGGUGUGAUGGUUGGGUUGCUUUAGAGUCUUGU